UGCAGACAUUAGUUUGUUUCUGACAUUCGUGAAGUGUUCAUUAAAAAGUAAAAAGUGAAAAAUGACUGGUCGUGGUAAAGGUGGCAAAGGCUUGGGUAAAGGAGGUGCAAAGCGUCAUCGCAAAGUGUUGCGUGAUAAUAUCCAGGGUAUCACGAAGCCAGCUAUCCGUCGUUUAGCUCGUCGUGGUGGCGUGAAGCGAAUCUCUGGACUUAUCUAUGAAGAAACUCGUGGCGUUCUUAAGGUCUUUUUGGAAAAUGUUAUUCGUGAUGCUGUCACAUACACCGAACACGCCAAGAGGAAGACAGUCACAGCCAUGGAUGUGUCUAUGCGCUGA